UGCUGUAUUCUUUGGCCAAGUAGGAAAUGAAGACACGCAAGUCAGGAGACUACCAGGCUGUUCAAAACAAAAGUAGAGCCAUAUCAGCAAAGAGGGAAGAAAAGGCGAGAGGGGAAAGUAUGCUGCCUGGAGAGAUGGAAAAGCUUUAAGCCAAAAGCUCUGGAGUGCCUGUUGAGCCCUGUGCAAGUCUUUGGCUGUUUGUUUAAAGGCAAAAACAAUACUUCUGAGCGAAAGCCCUCCCCUCUGGCUCAUGAUAGGCUCACCCGGAAUAGCAACAAGCUGUGUCACUUAGGAGGCAAAGCCUGCUGAAAGAGAAAGGAAAGUUGUUCAUGGAUCCCUUGGUAACUUUCACUGAGCAGCCAGCUCCUGUCAUAUGUUACCAUGCUUAACGGCAGCAGGAAGUGGCGCCAGCUUUGACAGCAAAGGUCUUGGAAGGAGCCUUUCAGCUCUGAAGCACACUUGGAAAACUGUUUCCACAGCCAUGAUACCUGUGCCGAAUACCGAGGACCUCAGCCAACAGUGCCAGAAAAUAAGGGGAGAGGAGUGCAACCAGUACAGCAACCUGAAUAGGCUUCCAGCUCAAACAGGCUGUGGAAUGCUUACACUUCUGUCAUCUGCUAUUGCUGCUCUCAGUGGUUUUUUGAUGGGAUAUGAAAUAGGAGUUAUCUCUGGAGCUGUUCUUCAGCUGAAAAGCAUAUUAGCACUUUCAUGCCAACAACAGGAGAUGGUUGUCAGUUCUCUUCUCAUUGGUGCCUUCCUAGCUUCAUUAACCGGUGGCAUCCUCAUAGACAAAUAUGGACGCCGAGUUACCAUCAUGUUAUCAUCUUGUUUACUUGUGCUGGGCAGUCUGAUCUUGAUACUCUUUGCCUCAUAUGGAUUCCUUAUAGUAGGACGGAUUGCGAUAGGGGUUUCCAUUUCACUUUCUUCAACUGCAACAUGUGUGUAUAUUGCAGAGAUCGCUCCUCCGCAUCGAAGAGGCUUGCUUGUGUCCUUGAAUGAACUGAUGAUCGUAUUAGGUAUUCUUUUUGCCUAUGUUUCCAACUAUGCCUUUGCCAGUGUAAACCAUGGCUGGAAAUACAUGUUCAGCCUUGUCAUUCCACUGGGGAUCGUUCAGGCCAUUGCUUUAUAUUUCCUUCUGCCCAGUCCACGGUUCCUGGUUAUGAAAGGUUUUGAUGAAGCUGCUAGCCAAGUACUUGGAAAGCUCAGGGCAACAUCAGACACUACUGAAGAACUUGCUGUUAUCAAAUCUUCCUUGAAGGAUGAGCGCCAGUAUAGUUUCUUGGAUCUGUUCCGUUCAAAAGACAACAUGAGGGCUCGGAUGCUGAUUGGCAUUACCCUAGUGUUUUUUGUACAAACUACAGGACAACCCAAUAUCUUAUUUUAUGCAUCUACUGUUUUGAAAUCAGUUGGGUUCCAUAGCAAUGAGGCAGCCACCUUGGCUUCUACUGGUGUUGGAGCAGUUAAAGUGAUCAGUACAAUCCCUGCCACCCUUUUUGUGGACCGUAUAGGAAGCAAAACAUUCCUCUGUAUUGGCUCAUCCCUCAUGUCUGUGUCAUUAGUCACCAUGGGCUUCAUAGUGCUUAAUAUACAUAUGAAUGCAACAACUGUUUGUAAAAACCAGUCUUUGGGAAAUUCCACUUUCCUGGGAUUAGAAAAAGUCAUAUCCACAAAUGAAACUCUGAAGAAGCAAUUUGCUGGCAUGGCUUCUUAUACCAAAAGUCCACAGUGGAAGGCUGAAAUGGCAAAUGCAGUGGUGCAGAACAGAACAAUCUUGGAAGAAACCACAGUUUAUCCCACAAGCCAAGCAGAAUCCCAGCUGAAAACAGAAGCUUUGAAAGUUCGAUCUGCUCUGAAAUGGCUGUCUUUGGCUGGAUUGCUUGUUUAUGUGGCUGCUUUCUCCAUAGGACUUGGACCAAUGUCGUGGUUGGUAUUAAGUGAAAUAUUUCCAGGUGGGAUCAGAGGAAGAGCAAUGUCUCUAACCUCCAGCAUGAACUGGGGUGUUAAUCUACUAAUUUCAUCAACGUUUUUGACUACAACAGACCUAAUUGGCCUACCAUGGAUAUAUUUCAUUUAUGCCGUAAUGAGCCUGGCAUCCUUAGCUUUCGUCAUCAUGUUUAUACCUGAGACAAAAGGAUGCUCCCUAGAGCAGAUAUCUAUUAAACUGGCCAAACAAAAGCACACAAGGAACAAUCAUUGUUGGAUGGGCCGCCGGCAGGAUCAGUUGAUAGAACCAACAAUAGAACUUCCUAACAAAGAAACCCAUGAAGAAUUCUACUAGACAGAAGAUGGUGAUUGCAAACAAUGCUAGAAGGUUGUUUUUUCUCAGAGGACAAGAUGGUAGAACACUGAGAAUUGUUGCCAUUGGAUUCACAUGCACACGCACACACAUAUACUCUUAACCAUCUUUCUUGCAUUCUGUAGAGGUUCUUUUGGUUAGUGAACACUCUACAGGAAAGAAAUGUUUUUGCACAUUAAGAUCCCCUUCUUACUAGGUUAGAGAGAUUGAUAAUAAUGGCCUUAUAAACAUGGUACAAAAAAAUCUGACAGAACAAAUAUUCUACUUAUUUUAAAUGUAAGGAACUGAGUUAUUAUUAAGGCGAGUAACCAGUUCAGCAUCACGUGGCCAAUCUUGUUCAAGCACUUCUUUUCUAGAUUUUCUUGCUAAGUACUUCAAGUUGAAAAUACUGAGGAUCUACUCGGACACUUCAUACUUGCACAGCAUAUGCUCCAUAUUCUAGCUCCACAAUUUGGGGAAAUGUAUUAUUUGUUUAAAGAAGUGGUUCUCAACCUGUGGGUCCCCAGGUGUUUUGGCCUACAACUCCCAGAAAUCCCAGCCAGUUUACCAGUUGUUAGGAUUUCUGGGAGUUGAAGGCUAAAGGAUUGAGAACCACUGAUUUAGAGGAAAUGAACACCAACAUGGCAAAGUUUAAACUCAGCUGACAUCUCUUCCUCAUGGGUAUGGUGUAUCUGAGGUUCAUCAACAGCAGUUCCUGUGGUAUUGAACUAAUAUUUAGAAUUGUGUCCAAAAUGGAUCUUUCUAUUAUGAUUUGAAAGACUAUAAAAACUUCCAAUUGUAACAGUCUUUUGCUAAAGGGCUACAGCUUCUUUAGCAACAGUGAAGGAAAAAGCUAUGCUUUUAAGCAUAUCAUAAAGUCAUAAAGAAAAUGAUUUAAGAACAUUCAUAUCAAAGAGUUGUUUUUCAUUCAAUUGGACAGAAUUGUUUAACCCCUUUUUUUUCUUUUUGCACUUCAAGAAGCCAAACCUGUCUCUAUAGCUGCUCACAAACAAUUGACCCUCAUCCACCUGGGAUACAGAUCAACAAUAAAAGGCAGCAAAUACUUGAAACCUUUUGAGUUGAGGAGGUAUACGGAUCAGUAACAUGUAACACAGCAAUGAAGCCUCAGUUCAUUUUUA